UAUAAAAUAAAGAGUUUGGCAAAGAGAUAAUUUGUAUAUAAUAAUGGCGACGAUAGAGGAAGAAUUACACGCGCUGAAACGGGUGCGAAGCACCAUAAAGGGGCAAUUGACCCACAUCAAAAAUUAUUUAGAUGGAUUGGCUUCAAUAUCUUGUACCGAAGCAAAAAUACGUCUAACUGCUUUAGACAAUAUUUUAAAGAAAUUUACCACAAACCAAGAUAAAAUUGAACUUAGAAGCAGCGACUCGGAACUCUUAGAUGAAAUAACGAUGCGUAAUGAAAUGGAAGAAAAAUUUAUAAAAUUGCAAAUAUAUCUAAAUGAAAUAAUCGAAAUGAGAAAUGAAGUUACAGAAGUAGGAACAAAUACAAAAAAUCUAGAAAUAGCUGGAAGUUCAAGACACUACCCCGAAAUAAAAGUAAAUUUUACUCCUUAUCAAGACAACGAGAGAUUUGAGAACUUUAUAAAAAGACUCGAAGUUUACAUUAAAAUACAAGGUGCAGAUAGUAAUGAAGAAGUUAAGAAACUAACAUUACUUAAUUAUGUUACGCCAGAAAUACAUCAAACUUUAUACGAUUUAUGCUCCCCCGAGGAACCAAUACAAAAGAAUUACGAAGACUUAAUAAAAAUUUUAAGUGACUUCCUAGAUCCAAAACCAAGUAUUUGGGCAAGACAGCAUAAAUUCAUAAACAGGAUGCAACAAAAAGAAGUGCCAAUUGCAGAAUUUAACAAAGAACUAAAGAAACUUUCAAAAGAUUGUAAUUUUUUCUGUGAAUGUGGUAAAUCAAAUGCGGAAAAUUUCUUACAAUUACAGUUUAUACGGGGUUUAUAUGAUGACCAAAUCAGAAUGAGAAUUCUUCAAGAGAAAAAUAAGUUAUCCUACAAAGAAACUGUAGAAUUGGCAAUAAAUACUGCUAUGGCAAAACAAGAAGCAGUAGUCGAUAAAGAUGGAGUAUUACAAAUUAGAGAACAAAGUAAUUUUAAGCAAAUUGAGAAAAAUACUUAUCGAAAUAGAAAUAAGACUACUUUCAAACCUAAAUCUGACCAAUGCUACAGAUGUGGUGACACAAGACAUCGAGCCUUUAACUGUCUUCGGAAAAAUCUAGUUUGUUCUUACUGCAAGAUUAAAGGUCACAUUGCUAAAGUAUGCCUCAAACGAUUAAAUGGUCAAGACAGGCAGAAUAUAUUAAAUACCACAGAUUUUAUAAAUGAUAAUACAAUUAUAGGUUUCCGAAAUUGA